CCCUCCCCUCCCCUCCCGCCACGCUGGGCGGUCGCCGAGUAUAAAGAAACCCACGGCCGGGACAUAGGCAGUUGUCACUCGACGGAGAGACACCGCAACGCCAUGCUCAAGCUCGCCUGCAUCGUCUUGCUGGCCAUCGCGGCCCAGCCCCGCGGCGGCCACGCCAUGUCUGGCGGCGAGGUGGUGUCGGACGCCUCCACCUACAGCUUCCAGGCGGCCAUCCAGCCCCGCAUCACGCAGGGCGGCACCGCCGUGGGCCUCAACCUGUGCUCCGGCGUCAUCAUCCAGGGCAGCGCGCUCAACACCGCCACCCCGCCCGUCUACGCCGACAAGUACUACAUCCUGACCUCCGCCACCUGCCUGCUCUCUGGCGUGACCUACGACCUGUACCUGGGCACCAACGAGGUGCGCGGCGUCACCACCCCCGACAUCGCCGGCAUCACCCGCGCCGACGUGACGUUCCACCCCGAGGCCCUGACCAGCGGCAUGCAGAAGAGUGACUUGGCCAUCAUCAGCGCCGACGCCAUCACCACCUUCUACGAGAACGUCAACAGUGGCAAGAGGCUCACCUCCGCCUCGCUGCCCUCCAUCAGCACCUCCGCCAACAGCUACCUCACCAACAGCGUCAACAUGGCCGGCUGGGGCUACCCCUACGACUCCUUCGGCGGCGUCUCUCCUCGCCUCCGCCAGCUGAACUCCAGGGUGGUGCCCAACUGGUACUGCUCCGUCAUCAACUUCGGCAAGCCCGUGUCCAGCAAGCACAUCUGCACCGGCGGCCUCAUCAACAAGGGCCCCUGCACUGUGAGUGAAGCCGACAUUUCGCAGUGCGGCUGCAAGUUGGCCGGAAGACCGGUGCAGGCUCUCAAAACGCGUCUAGAGUUUUGGCUGCCUCCGCCGGUCUUCUGGCCCACUGUGUGGCGUGAUUCUGUAGUUUACUCAUGCGGCACGCGCCCUUGGUUGCAGGGUGACGCUGGAGCACCACUGAUCCACCGCGGCAACAACGGCAACCGCGUCAUCGGCCUGGCCACCCUGGUGCCCGCCAGCGGCUGCCAGCACAGCAAGCCCGGCGUCUUCACCCGCCUGGGCAACUACCUCACCUGGAUCAUGCAGGUCACCAACUACAACCCCGACGACUAGGCGGUCGGCCGGUCGGCAGUGUAGCGACGCAGUCGAAACGAAAAAUAAAAUUAUUGAGAAAACCAA